AUGGCGGACGCCGAUCCAGCUCCUUCUUCGCCGGCCGUGGGUGCUCUACCCUCUCACACGGAAUUGGAUGAAUCACAGUCGGAGUUGCUGCUCAAACUUGAAGAGCUGAAAGAAUUGGGAUAUACAUUACUGCAGAACUUGCAAAACUGGAGGUCAAAGUUGGACACACAAGUUAAGACCUACAAGGAUGAGCUUUCAGGGUACAAAAAGACACUGAAAACUGAACUUGAGUGGCUGAGAUCGGAAUUCAAGGACCUAAGGACCACUCUUCAAAUGCAACAAGAUGAUGUCACAAUGAGCCUCACUGACUUCAGGAUGCACCUGAACGAACUGAAGAACCAAAAAAUCUCUAGGUGGAGAAUGGCAUCGGGAAACUGGAAGCUCCUUAGGCAACCCUUAAUUCAAUCAAAAAAUUAAUGGUUUUCUUGCAAAGUAACUAUAGAGGAUGCGUUGUAUAAGGCCAGCUGUGCCUUUGAGGAUAUAAAACUACUAGCAAUUUGAGCAUUGCAUUGUGCAGGCAACUAUUGCAAAAGAGUAUAUGGCUCUUGAUUGACAAUGUGAAAGGCCAACAAGGAAGAAGAUCUUUGCUUUUUUUUUUUUUUUGGAGCCAAACGUACUAGAUUCAUCUUAAUUCGUUAUAUUUGGAAGCCUCAUUGUAACUAACCUUUGUAACACUGUUAUAAGCAUGUGCUGAUGUAAAUUUCAUUAGUUGUGGGAUUGCUCAUGCAGUGUGUUGAAGCAUCUAUCAUAUUAUUUUUGCAUGACAUUGACUGUGUUAAUGGAUUGAUCAUCUUUGUCGCAGCUGCAAAGUAUGAAUCAAGUAUUGCAAUGUAAUAACAUAAGAAGGAACUCCAUUUGAUCAUGUUGCUAUCCACGAUUGGUUUUGUCU